AUGCAAAGUUAAUUUGUCCCUUGUCUGGUGUGUAAUGAAAUAAUCGCGAUUUCCAAAUGUUCUAAGAAAUUUAUUCCAAAAUUUAUAUCAAUAUCUAUCCUUGAUCUCAGUAGAGACGAAACCGAAAAUCAUAAUUAACCAAAUUUCUACAGUACGAAAGAUUCAAAUUUUGUAAAUGAUAUAUAGGUGGUUUGUAGUAAAAUAAUUGAAAGGAGGACAUUAUGCCAUUAAGGAUCAAAAGUGUGGAUGUAAAAUAAAGUUUCAUUAUAGAGAAAAUCGAGGUAAAGAUAACUGAGAGAUGUAAUAGGUGUAAGAAAGGGAGGAAUUUUUGUAGCAUAGUAGAGUUUUGCCAUAUUGAUAAUGUAGUAAGCAUUGAUGGUCUUUGAUAUGAUAAUUACUUAUUUCUUCAAAUCUUCCCCUAUUCAAAUUACUCCUCAUGAGCUCUAAUCUCAUCCAUCUAAGAGAAUAAAUUAAAAAGGAUAAUAACUUUAAAGUUCAAACGAUGAAACUUGGAUGGAUCAUUCAUAUCAGAGCACUUAAAUUUAUAAAAGUUAAAAACCAAUUUACUAGUGGAAUAAUAGGAAGUGGUUUUUGAAAAAGUGA